GUUCACUCACUUUGCAUGGAAGUUUUACACUGGUCGGGUCAAAGUUUGGAGCUGCUUCAGACACCUCACACUGGUUUAUCGUUGCAGUCUGUCGUCUCGGCAACCCAAGAGGCUCCCUUUCUACUCUUCUGGGAUAUCUCUGCUUCCCUGGUGGCCCAAAGCGAACAUCUACAGCAGAAAAUGUCUGAAAAUGGAGUGUUACCCCAUCGGGGGAGAGUGCUCACCGUUGAUACCAUGAACCCCAACGUGAAGAAGGUUGACUACGCGGUCCGCGGGCCAAUAGUUCAGCGAGCGCUGCAGAUCGAGAAGGAACUGAAGGAGGGGGUCAAGAAGCCUUUUGAAGAGGUCAUUAAAGCCAAUAUCGGCGAUGCUCACGCUAUGGGGCAACGGCCAAUCACCUUCUUUCGACAGGUGAUGGCACUGUGUACUUAUCCAACACUACUUGAUGACAACAAGUUUCCAGAGGAUACCAAAAACCGAGCGAGGCGUAUUUUGCAAUCAUGUGGAGGGAAUAGCAUUGGUGCGUACACAAACAGUCAGGGCAUUGACUGUAUAAGGCAUGAUGUUGCGAAGUACAUUCAGCGCCGUGAUGGCGGUAUUCCAUCUGAUCCUGAUAACAUCUACCUCACAACAGGAGCCAGUGACGGCAUUGUGACCAUAUUGAAGCUGUUGACGACUGGGGAGGGUCUUACACGGACGGGGGUCAUGAUCUCUAUUCCUCAGUACCCUCUGUACUCUGCAUCUAUAGCAGAGCUGGGUGCCGUUCAGGUGAAUUACUACUUGAAUGAGGAGAAGUGCUGGAGCCUCGACAUAAGUGAGUUACAGCGAUCUCUACAAGCAGCCAGAGAGCAUUGCAACCCCCGUGUGCUGUGCAUCAUCAACCCCGGCAACCCCACUGGUCAGGUACAAAGCAGACAAUGUAUCGAAGAUGUCAUUCGAUUUGCAGCCAAAGAAAACCUCUUCUUAAUGGCUGAUGAAGUGUAUCAGGACAAUGUAUACGCAGAGGGGUGUGAGUUUCACUCCUUCAAGAAAGUGCUGUUCGAGAUGGGUCCAGAGUAUUCAAGGAAAAUAGAGCUGGUCUCAUUCCACUCCACCUCUAAGUGCUACAUGGGAGAAUGUGGUUUUCGAGGAGGAUAUAUGGAGGUCAUCAACAUGGACCCAGAGGUUAAGGCUCAGCUCUCCAAGCUGGUGUCAGUGCGCUUGUGCCCACCUGUGCCCGGUCAAGCCCUCAUGGACCUGGUGGUCAACUCUCCUCAGCCCGGAGAACCCUCCUACCAGACGUUCAUGAAGGAGCGAACAGCCGUUCUGAGUGCCUUGGCUGAAAAAGCCAAACUGACUGAAGAGAUUCUGAAUACGGUGCCAGGCAUCAGCUGUAACCCUGUGCAGGGAGCCAUGUACUCAUUCCCCAGGAUCACCAUACCUCAACGCGCCAUCAACGAAGCCAAGGCGAAGGGUCAGGCUCCAGACAUGUUCUACUGCAUGAAACUUUUGGAGGACACCGGGAUCUGUCUCGUUCCUGGCAGCGGUUUUGGUCAAAGAGAUGGCACUUACCACUUCAGGAUGACCAUCCUUCCUCCAACAGACAAGCUCAAGAUCAUGCUCCACAAACUGAAGGAGUUCCAUCAGGCGUUCACCCAGCAGUUUGCUUGACCCAGUCCAACUACCACAACCGACUGACUAAAAGUGCUACAAUACAUUUCAUAGAUGCUUAAUGUUUGGUCAGGACGUGGCCAAAUAAUCUCUUGAGCCUUGAUGGACACUAAUCUUCAACCUUUCCAAUGGAUAAAGUUAUGCCUAGUAGCUAAAAUUGAAUGAGAACACUAUAAAACUCUCACUAUGGACUUUUAACAUGGAAAGGGUAGAAAUAGCAAGACUUGAUUUGACAUUUUUUGAAAACUUUCCGAACAUCCAGAUCUUCUUGAUGUGGUUUAAUGUAUGUUAGGCCCCGUUUACACUUGGUAUUAAGAUGCGUUGUGGUCGAUCUGUUUACACCUGGUGUUUUAAUCCGUCUCUUUUGUCCACUUUCAACCCCUUCUGUCCUGAUUUCUUCUAGGGGAAGGUCUAUCGGCGCGUAAAUGUGUGGUCUUUUUUAGAUCUUUCGAUCUAAUUGACGAAAAUAAGCCCAUGGAAUUUUUAUAUGAAUGCCCCUGGAGACGAUGGAAAAACCCUGCGAGCAACAGCUUAAAGGAGCUGUAUGCAAGAAAUGUAUUUCAAUUAAUCAUAAAUUUUCCCUGAUGUGUCACUAGACAUUAAGAAAUCAUGGGAUACCAGGUGUAAACAAGGCCUUAAUGUGGUCCGUGAAAAGUAAGAUGAAAAUAAUGGGCAUUCAAGAGACACUGGUUUCUCUUCAGUGCUCUGUGGCAGUUGUAAUUAUAAAUGUAUUCAUGAAUCAAUGUACGCUCCAACAUUCCUGUGUGUGUAAAUAACAGAUUGAUUUUUAUGGCAGAUAUAAUACAGUAUAGAUUAAUAUUU